AGAACAGAACCACCCUUCGCUGGCCAGUUGUGUCGCUCCUCCAAGGAAGCCGCGGAAGUGGCGCCUGGGCGAAAAGCCCGGCAGAAAAAGGAAGAGAGGAAGUAGAAAGGGAAGAGGGGAAAAUGAACCAGGCGCUGGGGGAGCCCGCGGUAAGGUGGCCGGCGGGGAAAGGAAGCAGGUUCGGCAGCUGCUUUUCCGCACCCCGUGCGUGAACGCCCUCUCCUCUGCCACCCCAGUAAAUAAGUGGGUGUCUCCUGAACUGAACAGCAAGAGAAAAGAAGCCAGCCAAGUGAGAGUACAGCUCCUCUGUCACUGCCGCCCCCUUGCAAGUCUGGCGGCUUCUCGCGGGGCCAGACGCUGCGCCCCAGGCGCCCUGCAGAUGGGGUGGACAGGGACCCGGAGCUCAAGCCACGGGUGACCCGCGCUGGCCAACCGGCCUGCGGCGCUUGCGGAGGAUGCUAGGCGGAGGAGCCCUGGAACCGCAUCCGACACUGCCCGGCGUCCGCUAGGCUGCAACUUGGAAUGCCCAGGGAGCGGUCCGGCUCCUGUGACCACUUCGCCGCGUCUAGGGAAGCUGCGCUCAGGAUUUGGAGGCAGAGACCUCAGGCGGCGGAGACCUCCGGCGGCGGCUGCAGAGGGAAGAGCCGGGCGCAGGAGGGGGCGCGCUUUCUCCCAGCGGGUCUCAGUAAUGAGGAGACUGAGUUUGUGGUGGCUGCUGAGCAGGGUCUGUCUGUUGCUGCCUCCGCCCUGUGCACUGGUGCUGGCCGGGGUGCCCAGCUCCUCCUCGCACCCGCAACCCUGCCAGAUCCUCAAGCGCAUCGGACACGCGGUGAGGGUGGGCGCGGUGCACUUGCAACCCUGGACCACGGCCCCACGCGCAGCCAGUCGCGCUCAGGACGGCGGCAGGGCGGGUGCCCAGAGGGAUGAGCCAGAGUCGGGGACGUGGCGGCCACCGGCGCCCUCGCAAGGCGCACGUUGGUUGGGGAGCGCCCUGCAUGGCCGGGGUCCACCCGGCUCCCGCAAGCUCGGGGAGGGCGCCGGGACCGAGACCCUGUGGCCGCGGGAUGCCCUACUGUUCGCUGUGGAAAACCUGAACCGUGUGGAAGGGCUCCUUCCCUACAACCUGUCUUUGGAAGUAGUGAUGGCCAUCGAGGCGGGCCUGGGCGACCUGCCACUUAUGCCUUUCUCUUCCCCAAGCUCACCGUGGAGCAGUGACCCUUUCUCCUUUCUGCAGAGCGUGUGCCACACCGUAGUGGUACAAGGGGUUUCAGCGCUGCUGGCCUUCCCCCAGAGCCAGGGCGAAAUGAUGGAGCUGGACUUGGUCAGUUCUGUCCUGCACAUCCCAGUGCUCAGCAUAGUGCGCCACGAGUUUCCGCGGGAGAGUCAGAAUCCCCUGCACCUACAGCUGAGUUUAGAAAAUUCACUAAGUUCUGAUGCUGAUGUCACUGUCUCAAUCCUGACCAUGAACAACUGGUACAAUUUUAGCUUGUUGCUAUGCCAGGAAGACUGGAAUAUCACCGACUUCCUACUCCUUACAGAGAAUAACUCCAAGUUCCACCUCGAGUCUAUCAUCAACAUCACUGCUAACCUGUCCUCCACAAAGGACCUUCUAAGUUUCCUGCAGGUCCAGCUGGAAAACAUUAGGAACAGCACACCCACAAUGGUGAUGUUUGGCUGUGACAUGGGGAGCAUCCGGCAGAUAUUUGAAAUGUCCACACAGUUUGGGCUAUCACCUCCUGAUCUUCACUGGGUUUUAGGAGACUCACAGAAUGUGGAGGAGCUGAGGACAGAAGGCCUGCCCUUAGGGCUCAUUGCUCAUGGAAAAACCACACAGUCUGUCUUUGAGUACUAUGUUCAGGAUGCCAUGGAGUUGGUUGCAAGAGCUGUAGCCACAGCCACCAUGAUCCAGCCAGAACUUGCUCUCCUUCCCAGCACAAUGAACUGCAUGGAUGUGAAAACCACAAAUCUCACUUCUGGACAAUAUUUAUCAAGGUUUUUAGCCAACACCACUUUCAGAGGUCUCAGUGGUUCCAUCAAAGUAAAGGGAUCCACCAUCGUCAGCUCAGAAAACAACUUUUUCAUCUGGAACUUGCAGUAUGACCCUAUGGGAAAGCCAAUGUGGACUCGCCUGGGUAGCUGGCAAGGGGGAAGGAUUGUCAUGGACUCGGGAAUAUGGCCAGAGCAGGCCCAGAGGCACAAAACCCACUUCCAUCACCCAAACAAGUUACACUUGAGAGUGGUGACACUGAUUGAACAUCCAUUUGUUUUCACGAGAGAAGUAGAUGAUGAAGGCUUAUGCCCUGCUGGACAACUCUGUCUAGACCCUAUGACUAAUGACUCUUCCAUACUGGAUAGCCUGUUUAGCAGCCUACAUAGCAGUAAUGAUACAGUGCCAAUCAAGUUCAAGAAGUGCUGCUAUGGGUAUUGCAUUGAUCUACUGGAACAGUUAGCAGAAGACAUGAACUUUGACUUUGACCUCUAUAUUGUAGGGGAUGGAAAGUAUGGAGCUUGGAAAAAUGGUCACUGGACUGGGCUGGUUGGUGAUCUCCUGAGUGGAACAGCCAACAUGGCAGUCACUUCUUUCAGCAUCAAUACUGCAAGAAGCCAAGUGAUAGAUUUCACCAGCCCUUUCUUCUCAACCAGUUUGGGCAUCUUAGUGAGGACUCGAGACACAGCAGCUCCCAUUGGAGCCUUCAUGUGGCCACUCCACUGGACCAUGUGGCUGGGGAUUUUCGUGGCUCUACAUAUCACUGCCAUCUUCCUCACUCUGUAUGAAUGGAAGAGCCCCUUUGGUAUGACUCCUAAAGGGAGGAACAGAAACAAAGUCUUCUCCUUCUCCUCAGCCUUGAAUGUCUGCUAUGCCCUUCUGUUUGGCAGAACAGCAGCCAUCAAACCCCCUAAAUGCUGGACUGGAAGAUUUCUGAUGAAUCUUUGGGCCAUUUUCUGUAUGUUUUGCCUUUCUACAUACACAGCGAACUUGGCUGCUGUCAUGGUAGGUGAGAAGAUCUAUGAAGAACUUUCUGGAAUCCAUGACCCUAAGCUUCAUCAUCCUUCUCAAGGUUUUCGUUUUGGAACUGUCCGGGAAAGCAGUGCUGAGGACUAUGUACGGCAGAGCUUCCCAGAGAUGCAUGAGUACAUGAGAAGGUACAAUGUACCAGCCACCCCUGAUGGAGUGCAGUACCUGAAGAAUGAUCCAGAGAAACUAGAUGCCUUCAUCAUGGACAAAGCCCUUCUGGAUUAUGAAGUGUCAAUAGAUGCUGACUGCAAGCUUCUGACCGUAGGAAAGCCAUUUGCCAUUGAAGGCUAUGGCAUUGGUCUCCCUCCCAACUCUCCGUUGACCUCUAACAUAUCUGAGCUCAUCAGUCAGUACAAGUCUCAUGGGUUUAUGGAUGUGCUUCAUGACAAGUGGUACAAGGUGGUUCCCUGCGGAAAGAGAAGCUUUGCUGUCACUGAGACUUUGCAAAUGGGCAUCAAGCAUUUCUCUGGACUCUUCGUGCUGCUGUGCAUAGGAUUCGGUCUCUCCAUCCUGACAACCAUUGGUGAACACAUAGUGUACAGACUGCUGCUACCACGAAUCAAAAACAAAUCCAAGCUGCAGUACUGGCUGCACACCAGUCAGAGGUUUCACAGAGCAUUAAACACAUCAUUUGUAGAAGAAAAGCAGCCAUGUUCCAAGACAAAACGUGUGGAAAAGAGCAGAUGGAGAAGAUGGACCUGCAAGACAGAAGGGGACUCUGAAUUGUCUCUGUUUCCUAGGUCCAACAUGGGACCCCAGCAGCUCAUGGUAUGGAAUACUUCCAAUCUGAGUCACGACAACCAACGAAAAUACAUCUUUAAUGAUGAGGAAGGACAAAACCAGCUGGGUACCCAGACCCAUCAGGACAUCCCUCUCCCUCCAAGGAGAAGAGAGCUCCCUGCUUCACUGACCACCAAUGGGAAAGCAGACUCCCUCAAUGUAGCUCGGAACUCCGUGAUGCAGGAACUCUCCGAGUUGGAGAAGCAGAUCCAAGUGAUCCGCCAGGAGCUGCAGUUGGCCGUAAGCAGGAAGACAGAGCUUGAGGAGUAUCAAAGGACGAACCGGACUUGUGAAUCCUAGGCUGUGUCUCUGCUCUCCUUUCUCAGCCACUGGUACUCUGAGGCCCUUGAGGCUCUUUGUAAAGCUCUUUUAUAUCUAUUGACAAAGGUGUGGGGUCUGGCAAAUGAAGUGUGCUGUUCUCAGCCUAAGAUGCAGCAGCAGCUCUUCCCACACACGCCCCCAGGUCUCCAGGGUAGAAAUCUUUCCAACAGUAGGAACCUAGAGUUAGUCAGGAGUAAAGUCUGUCUAAGGGGAUCGGCAAGCUGCCAGACAACUCUGGCUCCUGUCAACCUUUUCACCUGGUGCCACAAAAGUAUUUCUGCUUUUUAGCCCUUUCUCUGCACCUCAACAAGAGAUAAAAAAAAACUGUUGCUCAUACCCGUAUCUUACUGGGUUUGUUUUUAAUAUUAUUACAAAAUAGAAUGAUCCAGUGUUGCAGAUUUGAUACAACUCCCCAAUCUAGAUUUGACCUAACAUUCUGAAUGAACAGGGUAGGAGCCACACAAACUGGGACAGAAAAGAUACAUUAAAAAAAAAUAAUAAUGAAGGGAGCUCAGAAUUCACACAGGCAAGGGUUGACUGGCCAAGCUGGCACCAUGUGCUUGUGCAGCUCUGGAUCUCUGAGCCUCCCCUGACUAACCUUGAGUAGGAACAUGCUGAUGGGACACCAACAAAGCACAGGGUGCUUUUAAAAUAAAGCCCUGGGCCAGAAAGGCAAUGUGGCUAAAGAAUGUAUUGCACUAUACUUCUAAUGGAACUAAUCAUCUCCACCAUAGUGUGUGCCUUCUAUAAAGGAGAAAGCAGCAAGGCCAUGUCCUUAGCAGGAACCUUUGCUAGCCACCUAGUGAAUGCCUGUAACAGGGUCUCUGAGCUGACUCUGUAUUAAGGGAAAUUCUGCACACCACAGGUGAGGCUUUUUUCAGAUCAGUGGCCACCUCUUUUAGUCUGAGGAAUCCCAGAAGCAACCAGAGACCAUCAUAAAUGUCAAAUACCGGAGUCUACCCUGCUUCACCAUCUCCCACCCUUAUACUGUCUCUGAUGAGUUAUGCUAAGUUCUAGUCUGAUUAUCCUCCUGGUUCCAUUUAAGGCCCUCAGAGAUCAAUGCAAUUAGCCUAGCUUCCCCUUUGUUUAGGCAUCACUUUCUAGUCAUAUAAUUGCUUGGCACGAAGAAAAGAAACAUGAGCUCUCUAGACUUCCUGUAUGUUCCCAACUGUUGGCUAGAUAAUCAUCUGAGGCUAUCAUUAUAGUGCUGAUGUCCAAGACUUAACCAGAAGGGAUCUGGGAGGGCCUAGAGGUGGGCUCAGAAUUCUAGUGCUAGGUAACACCCUAGGACACACCACAGCCCUAACACACCAGUUAUUCUCAGAGAAGCACUGCUCUGGAAGUUUGGCUACCUCUAGGCAUGUGAGAAGGAAGGAAAGCCUAUUGCCUUUUCUCCUUUUACUUCAGCACCCAGCUACUGACUGGUUUCCAUAUCCCCACCCUACACCAGGGUUCCAUUUGGAAGUAUACCUUGUUUAUCAGUCAGUGUUGCUUAGGUUCUCACUUCUCCAGUCAUUGUAAUGUCUACAAGGAAUGCACAAUGGAGUGCUCAGAUCACUAAAAGGAGCAUCAGUGGCCCAAUUCCUCUUACUUUGGGACACACUGUCCACACUCCACCAAGAGCUACACAGAUUCCCACAUAAAGAUAGUGCCCUAAGUUGUAAUCAGAACACUUGAGCAAGGAGUUAAAUGGAGGAGUAAACCUGGGAGUGCAAGAAAGCUCAAGAAACACUCAAGGGGAGGCAGGGGGGCUUUAAAAACAGACUUCAGCUUCACAGAUUCAACAUUUCACUGAGGGAAGCCCUGAAAACAGGACAAAGAGCUCUGCAGCAUCCUCAUGCCCUAUUACAUUCUCAGCCCAGUGGGCCUCAGCUGCCUUUGGUAGGUUCCAUCCCUUAGCCAUUCCCACCCAUCUGUAACAAUGAUCUGGGAGCUCGGCUCCAAGCAUCCCUGGUUACCUGUUCAGCCUGCAAGGCCGAUGUAUAGUGUACCUCAAUUCACACGACAGCGACAGCCAUGCUCCUGCCGUACAUGGACAUCUGUUCAACGACUCAUAUUUCAACUGUACCCGAGAGGCUAGCUAUUUAAGGGAACACAGAGGUAAAUUCUUUUGUAAAGAAUCCUUUUGUAAUGCAAACCAAUUAUCCCUGAAGGUAUCUGUUUUGUAAGUUUGGAUUUUUGUAUAUCUGGUUUAUCUUAAGCUUCUCUACUGAGGCAUUCUGAGUAGUGGCCAUCAGAGUCUCCUGCCUGCCCACAGAGCAGAGAACCAGUGCACGCUCUUAAGAGAAACUACUUGGCCAAACUGGCCAAGACGCAGCAAGCAGCAGCAGGAACAAAGCAGGCUUACUGCUGUCAACACUGCUUAAAAUGCUUUCAUGUCCUAGGUAAAGAAAAAACAUAAUUGCUUGUGAAGCAGUUUCAUGAUAAAUAGUAAAAAAAAAAAAACAAAAACAAAAAAAAAUUAAUGGUAGUAAUUGAACAGUGUUUUGCAAUUUGUGAAACAGUGUGCUGUGUUUUGUACAAAGAUUUCACGAAAGGGAGAGUCCUUCUAAACCUAUAUUCUGCUCCACCGCAACUCCCUCACCUAUCCUCAGGCUCACAGUGGAAAUGUCCAGGGACAGGGCUGUUAGAAUGAGCUAAGGGAGACUGUUUUGCGUCCUGAGUUUCUAUUUCAUUGGAUCAGGAAAUCAUCCACUUGCCAACCAGGCUCCAGUACUGGGAAACAUGGAAUGUGGCAAACUGUCCCACACUCCAAGCCAUUCUCCAAGGGGGCCUGGCACAGUAAGCACUUCAAGCAUGAAUUGGGUAAGCUGGUUUGUUUGACUAGGAAACGGUUCCACAGAGUAUUUGCCACAAGAGGAGAGUAUCCCUCCAGCAAAUAAAAGCAAGUUAGAACGGGCUGGAUAGCCAAAGAGGCAGCCAUUCGGACCUAGGAAGUUGGGGUCUGUAGUAUGCCUGGAUUUUCUAUUAUUCAUGAGAUUUGUACAAACCCUAUACCGGAAUGGAUGCUUCCCUUCCACCUCCCUGAAAUGUACGUGGAGCCACUCAGAACACAACUGUAUCACUGAGGUAACUCCUCAGUGUUGGGUCCAUUACAGCCUUGGAGCAAAGUUGACCACCACCUUGUGUGGAUCAAGAAGAGAAGAAACUACUUUGGAGUUUUUGAAAAAGCAAGCCAGAAAAUCCACUGAGCCUUCAGCAGAAAUUCCUUUUCUAGACAUUAAAACCACUUAACAUCCGUACUGUUUGUUAUAUAUUUCUCCCGACCCUACUCCCCACUCCUGCCACCAAGCACAUCCGGUCUAGGGGUUCCUCACUCUCUUUCAUUUAGCUGCCAGUCAUUUUAUGAAAAUGAAGUGCUUCUAAGUAUUUCCUUAAGGUCUGUGAAGAGUAUUUGCCCUGCGUCUUCAUUUCCGUGUGUGUGCAACUGCUCCGCUCCAAGAACUGCACCGCUGUCUUGUGAGCAUGGCGUGAACAGGCUGUUUUGCUCCAGCCACUUUUCUUGUACAACUACGGGGAUGGACUAGAUGUCCUCUGGUCUUUUCCAUCUUCGCUUUCUAUGACUGUGGAAUAAAUGUUCAGACAGAAACUUCA